AUGUCCACGUCGAUCGCGGGCGGCUCUUCCGCCGUGGGGGGUUCUUCUUCUUCCGCCGCGUCGGCGUCGUCGUCCUCGUCGUCCUCGGCGUCCGCGUCCGCGUCGGGGGGAUCCGCGUUUUCAGGUUCCACCGGCGUCGUCGCGGGGGCGUCCUCCUCCGCGGCGGGCGCCUCCGGCUCGGGCGCCGCCGCCGCGGGUUCCGGCUCCUCGGGUUUCGCGGGCUCGUCCGCGGGCGCGGCGUCGACGUUCGGCGGCGUGUUCUCCGCCGCCGCGGUCGGGUCUGGAGGCGCGGAGCCGGGGGGGGGGAUCGGCGGGGGUGGGAGGGGGGAUCGGAGCUCAAUUUGGGUGACGACGCGACGCGAGGACGCGCGCGCGAGGCGGGUCCGCGGCGGCGGCGACGACGACGCGCGCGGUCCGAUGGAAGAACAAAACGUCCGCGAGCGACGACGACGACGACGAAGUCGCGCGGCGCACCUGUUUCCUCGGUCAUGA